UUUGACAGUUAAACUUUUGACAAAACACUGUUUGUGAAAACUGCCGCUAAAACUGGUCAAAAUAAUAUCAAUGAAAUAAUAUUUAUAAUCUUCGACUAGUGAAUAAAAAAUACAACAUGGCAUCAGGAUUAGAAAGCUAUAUUAAUCAAACAGUCUCGGUGAUAACCUCCGACGGGCGUAACUUCAUUGGCACAUUGAAGGGUUUUGAUCAGACGAUAAACAUUAUUUUGGAUGAGUCUCAUGAGAGAGUGUUUUCUUCAUCGACAGGUGUAGCUCAAGUAGUUCUUGGCCUCCAUAUAAUUCGAGGCGACAAUGUAGCAAUUGUCGGACAAAUAGAUGAAUCAAUAGAUAGUCGAUUGGACCUUGGGAAUAUCAAAGCAGAACCUUUAGGAGCUAUUGUUCACUAAUAUAAAUAGAGUUAAGAUGUCAAUAA